GCCUGGGCAUGAGGCCGGGCGGAGACCGGAGGGCGGGUGGCGGCGGCGGCGGCGGCGGCGAUGAGCGACAUUGUGGAGAAGACGCUGACGGCGCUGCCGGGACUCUUCUUGCAGAACCAGUCGGCUAGCGGGCCCGCGGCCGCCAAGGCGUCCUUCUCCUCCCGACUGGGAGGCCUGGUCCGCGGCAUCACCGCGCUCACCUCCAAGCACGAGGAAGAGAAAUUAAUCCAGCAGGAACUGAAUAAUCUGAAAGCAACUGUUUCUGCUCCUAAUACAACUCUGAAAAUGAUGAAGGAAUGUAUGGUGAGACUUAUAUAUUGUGAAAUGCUUGGAUAUGAUGCUUCCUUUGGUUACAUACAUGCAAUCAAGUUGGCACAACAAGGAAACCUUUUAGAAAAAAGAGUAGGUUAUUUGGCUGUUUCUUUAUUUCUACAUGAAAGUCAUGAACUGUUGCUUCUCCUUGUGAAUACAGUUGUAAAGGACUUGCAGAGCACUAACCUAGUAGAAGUAUGUAUGGCACUUACUAUCGUCAGCCAGAUUUUCCCUCGAGAAAUGAUUCCAGCUGUUCUUCCAUUAAUAGAAGAUAAACUUCAACAUUCUAAGGAGAUUAUACGAAGAAAAGCUGUCCUAGCAUUAUAUAAAUUCUAUCUCAUCGCUCCUAAUCAAGUACAGCAUAUCCAUAUUAAGUUUCGGAAAGCACUUUGUGACAGAGAUGUUGGGGUCAUGGCUGCUUCCUUGCACAUAUACCUUAGGAUGAUUAAGGAGAAUUCAUCUGCAUAUAAAGACUUGACUGGGAGUUUUGUAACAAUUUUGAAGCAAGUGGUUGGAGGAAAACUCCCCGUAGAUUUCAAUUACCACAGUGUACCAGCACCAUGGUUACAAAUUCAGCUGUUGAGAAUACUAGGACUUCUAGGAAAAGAUGAUCAAAGGACAAGUGAAUUAAUGUAUGAUGUUCUCGAUGAAUCCUUACGAAGAGCUGAGUUAAAUCACAAUGUCACAUAUGCUAUUCUGUUUGAAUGUGUACAUACAGUCUAUUCUAUUUAUCCUAAAUCGGAAUUACUUGAGAAGGCUGCCAAGUGCAUUGGAAGAUUUGUUUUGUCACCUAAAAUAAAUCUCAAAUAUUUAGGAUUGAAGGCUCUUACCUAUGUUAUCCAACAGGAUCCCACUCUGGCUCUUCAACACCAGAUGACAAUAAUUGAAUGCUUAGACCAUCCUGAUCCCAUUAUUAAAAGAGAGACUCUGGAACUUCUUUACAGAAUUACUAAUGCACAGAAUAUAACAGUGAUUGUCCAGAAAAUGCUUGAAUAUUUACAUCAGAGCAAAGAAGAAUAUAUUAUCGUCAAUUUGGUUGGCAAAAUAGCUGAGCUGGCUGAGAAAUAUGCUCCUGAUAAUGCGUGGUUUAUUCAGACGAUGAAUGCUGUAUUUUCAGUGGGAGGAGAUGUUAUGCAUCCUGAUAUUCCCAAUAACUUUCUGAGACUGCUAGCAGAAGGUUUUGAUGAUGAAACAGAAAAUCAACAAUUAAGGCUCUAUGCAGUUCAGUCUUAUUUCACUUUACUAGAUGUGGAAAAUGUGUUCUACCCACAGAGAUUUCUUCAAGUUAUGAGUUGGGUUUUAGGGGAGUAUUCCUACCUCUUAGGUAAGGAAACGCCAGAGGAAGUUAUAACCAAGCUCUACAAGUUACUUACGAGUGACUCCAUUUCUUCAGAAACAAAAGCCUGGAUAAUUGCUGCUGUGACCAAGUUGACACCCCAAGCACACUCUUCUAAUAUAGUUGAGAGAUUAAUCCAGGAAUUUACCACAUCUUUGGAUACUUGUUUGAGACAGCAUGCAUUUGAAUUAAAACAUUUGCAUGAGAAUGUGAAAUUUAUGAAGGGCUUGCUUCCAGUUGAUAAGAGUUGUGAAGACAUGGUGGUAGAUGCUUCCUUAUCUUUUCUGGAUGGUUUUGUGGCUGAAGAACUAAGUCAGGGGGCAGCACCUUACAAACCUCACCACCAACGGCAGGAGGAAAAGCUUUCUCAGGAAAAAGUUCUUAGUUUUGAACCAUAUGGACUCUCUUUUUCUUCAUCUGGCUUCUCUGGACGACAGUCUCCUGCUGGCGUUUCUCUUGGUUCAGAUAUAUCUGGGAAUAGUACAGAUACCGGGCUAAAAGAGACAAAUAGCUUGAAGCUGGAAGGCAUAAAGAAAUUGUGGGGGAAAGAGGGCUAUCUUCCCAAGAAGGAAAGCAAAACUGGUGAUGAAACAGAAGCUCUGCCAGUUCCUCAAGAGAAUAUAAUAAUGGAGAAUGUAGAUCAAAUUAUAACAAAAAAGGAUCAAUCUCAAGUCCUUACCCAAUCUAAAGAGGAGAAAGAAAAGCAGCUGCUGGCAUCAUCAUUAUUUGUUGGACUAGGAUCAGAAAGUACAAUCAAUUUGCUAGGAAAAGCAGAUACCCUUUCUCACAAGUUCAGAAGAAAAUCAAAAGUCAAGGAAACCAAAAGUGGGCAAACAACCACUGCUCAAAAUAUGACCCGUUCUUCCUUUAGUUCUUCAUCAAAUAUGACUUAUGAAGAAGACUAUUAUUUGGAUAAUUUGCAGGAUAGAGGAGACAAAGAAGUAAAGAAAUUUUCUCUUAAUUCAGAACUUUUGGAUUCUGAGUCACUCACAGAACUGCCCUUGGUUGAGAAAAUCUCAAAUUGCAGGCUGUCUACACCCUCUUUGUUUGCUGAUAACAACAUGGAAGUUUUUCACCCUCCUCAGUCCACUGCAGCCUCACUUGCCAAUGAAAUCUCUUUAGCUUCUUCUUUGUUGGAAGAAACUACUGAACACAUGCAUUCAGAUCUUAUAGAGGUCUGUAAUAAUGAAACCAUAUCAGUGUCUUCUUACAAAAUUUGGAAAGAUGAGUGUUUGUUGAUGGUCUGGUCAGUUUUUAAUAAGAGUGCUUCAGAACUGAAAAGUGCUAACUUAGAAAUUGCUCCUGCAGAAAAUUUCAAGAUCACUGAGCAACCUGGAUGCUGCUUGCCUGUAAUAGAAGCAGAAAGCACCAAAAACUUUCAAUACAGUGUGCAGAUGGAAAAACCUUUUACAGAAGGGAAUCUUUCUGGUUUUAUAAAUUAUCAAGUGAUGGAUACUCAUCCUGUUCAGCUCGAAUUUUCAGUAAACUUAUCACUAUUAGAUUUCAUUAGGCCAUUAAAAAUCUCGACUGAAGACUUUGGUAAACUCUGGUUAUCCUUCGCAAAUGAUGUGAAACAAAAUGUAAAGAUGUCAGAAUCACAAGCUGCUCUGCCUUCUACCUUAAAGGCCCUGCAACAGGAACUAAGACUUCAUGUUGUUGACAUUAUAGGCAAUGAAGGGCUGUUGGCCUGUCAGCUGCUCCCAUCCAUCCCCUGCUUGCUGCAUUUCCGAGUUCAUGGUGACAUGUUAGCCCUGUGGUUCAGAUCCUCCUGCUCUACUCUUCCUGAUUAUUUACUAUAUCAGUGUCAAAAGGUGAUGGAAGGAUCCUAGCAGAAGCUCUGCUUAUAUUUUACUCCAUCAAAAUAAAUGGUUUACAUAGAUAAACUUAUUUACCAAAGUAAAAAGGACUCAUGGUACUUCUAAUGAAAAUGGGGAUUAUUAUGAGUUGUGGUUUUAUGUGUUUUCUUUAUGAUUCCUGAUCAAGAAAGAUCCCCAAGAAACUGUACCCCUAACCUUUUACUCAGGAUUGUACAGUAUGUUUGGGUCCUAAAACAGUGACCUAAGCUAAUGUUAUAAACUGCUAAUGAUUUAUAUAUCACUUAGU